CGAGAGUUGUUCUAGUUCUCUCGCGUGACACUAAGCUUCUCUCCGCAAGUUCACUUUGUGUAACGCCAGAUGACCGAAGCCAAGUGUCGCUACACAUCACCGGGUUCGCCGACUUGAUGAUGAUCACCAUGGGAAACCCAGGCAACAUAUAAAACGCGAAAGCAAAAAUGCCUCUUCUCUAACCCACGUUCAUUAUGUCUUUGCUCUUCUUCUUUGCUGUCCUGGUGUCAGCCGUCUGUGUUUCUGCAGCAGACCAUUUGGUGACCGUCGGUGACGGAGGAAUGCUGGCAUUCAACCCAACAAGCGUGACCGCCGUCCAAGGAGACACUGUCACCUUUUCAUUUCGUGCCGGCAACCACUCCGCAACACAAUCGACGUUCGCCUUCCCCUGCACAAAAUCCGGCAUCGACUCGGGCUUCGUCCCCAUCGCCAACAGCACUGUCUUUGGCCAAUGGACAUUCACCGUCGACAAUUCCUCUACCCCGCUGUGGUUCUUCUGCGCCCAGACGGGUCAUUGCGAGAAGGGCAUGGUCUUUGCGGUUAAUCCCACCCAAGAGAAGACUUUUCAGGCGUUUUUGGCUAAUGCGCAGGGGAAUGGGACGGCGGGUGUGAGUGCGAGUGCGUCCGGGGUGGCAUCGAGUGCUAGCACUAGUGCGGGUACUGCAGUUUCUGCUUCCAGUAGCACUGUCAAUGCUGCCGCCUCUAGUACCGUCAAUGCUGCCGCCUCUAGUACUGUCAAUGCUAAUACUGCCAGCAACGGCGCCGUGCCUAGUCUGCGCAUACAUCGUGUCAUACUCCCAGUAGCGGCUCUGGCUUUUGGUAUCCUAUUUUAGAACCUUGUACAGGAAUACAAGACUUUCUUUUCGACGCUCUCGUGU